ACAAUGUGAGAGCCGUGAGAUGCUAAAGCUAAAUAUGAGUGAAGAGAAGAUGAGAAUCUCGACUCUCUGAUAUUAUUAUAUCAUAUAAAGCAUUUAUUAUAUAUCUUUCGUAUACCCAUUGGAGUUCUCUUCCUUCUAAGUAUGAAGCGUAUUAGAUUCAAAAAUUACUCAGUGUCCUACCUGUCUCCCACUACCCUAUUCUCCUUCCCUCUUGGCUCUCCAUCUAUAAUUAAAUUUCUUUAUCCAAAGGCGUGUGCUCUCCACACUUCAUAUAUCCUCCUAUAACUUUUAUUAAUAUUUCUCUUGCAGCUAGCCAUGGCAAACAAUGUUCAACCAUGCCAUGACCUUGAUCCUAGAGAAGCCAAAAGCCCUUCAAAGAUGUUAAACUUGGACGUGGAAGCACAGUUGAGGGAGGAGGAGAAGGGUUUUGACUAUGCGAAGAGGGCACAGUGGCUUAGAGCUGCUGUUUUGGGUGCCAAUGAUGGGUUGCUCUCAACAGCAUCCCUCAUGAUGGGAGUUGGAGCUGUGAGGAAGGAUGUUAAGAGCAUGAUACUAACUGGGGUGGCAGGGUUGGUGGCUGGAGCAUGCAGCAUGGCCAUUGGAGAGUUUGUUUCUGUUUACUCACAGUAUGAUAUUGAGUUGGCUCAGAUGAAAAGAGAGGGAAACAUGGAUCAGAAGGAUAAGUUGCCAAACCCUUAUUAUGCUGCUUUUGCCUCUGCCCUUGCCUUUGCUGUUGGGGCAGGGGUGCCACUACUUGGUGCUGCCUUUGUCAAUAGCUAUAAGGCUAGGCUGGGUGUGGUGGCGGCUGUUGUCACCCUUGCUUUGAUUGUCUUUGGAGAUUUGGGGGCCUUUUUAGGGAAAGCACCCAGGGUUAAGUCCACUUUCAGGGUUUUGAUUGGGGGUUGGAUGGCCAUGGCAAUUACUUUUGCUUUAACAAAGCUUGUUGAUCAUCUUGGACUUGGAGUAGUUUGAUUUGAUCCUUAUGCUCGUGAUUUCCAUCACCUUUUUCUUUUCUAUAUGCCUCUGCCUAGCUAGCUAUAAGAUCUGGUUUUAUUAAUUAGAUUUUUUUUUCUUUCUUUCUUUGGUAAUUACAAGUGUAUGUUUAUGAAAUGAGUAAUACUGUUUGGUAUAAAAAAUAUACGAAUUACUCACCGUGAUUUACAG